AUGAAUUAAUCUCUUUACUCUUCAAACUUGAAUGCACUAUUACCUUUAGAAAAUUACUUAUUAAUACUUAAUGAGAAAACAAGGCUGAACAAAUUUAUUCACAGCUAGAAUACUAUUUAGAUAAAGCAGUUAGACACGGAAAAAACUACUAGAAGAAAAAGUUGUCAUUGUGGUUAAUGUGGGUAACAAAGCCUAUUUUAGUUCUAAACAAUGAAUAUUCCACUCAAGAAAAUAGAAAUAUUAAAAGAAGAAGAAUAUGCCCCACCUGGAUUUAUAACUACAAACUCUGAAUCUAGAACAAAUACUUUUUAUAAGAAAUCUUCAUUUAAGGAUUUGUAAAUCUGUAUACCAAAAGAGAAUACAAAUAACACUCGGCUGACUUUAAGUAUUCAUGGAUUUUAAAGAGCUUACAAUAGAUAAAAUACAUUAUUGAAAAUGAUUACAGAUGGGUAAGAAAGAUCAAAAAGAAAAGAAACUGGGUCAUUUUCAUAAUCUGAACUCUAUUCAUACAAUUCUUUGAAUUCUUUGAAUUCUUUAAAUUUUGCAACACAAUCCUCCUUAAAGAAUCAAAAGAAUUCAAUUUAGCUCAAAAGUCCUAUAAGUUUGUUUUCACCAAAACGCAAACAGCAAUAAAAACAUAACAAAUUAUUAAGUACUAAUACUAGGAUUAAUAAUCCUUAUAUAGUAAACUAAAAUAAAUAAUUUUUGAUAAAGCCAUUAAAGUUUUAACCUUCAACUUAAACUUUUGGAUGUUUGUUCCCAAAACUAAAUAAGAAAGCUUGA